AUGACCAAGCUCAGCACCACGACGGUCUCUCUGGCUGUCACGCCCACCGUCGUGUCCACGCUCUUCUCACAUUACCUGAAGCGAGGACCGCUCAAACAGCGACCAACGGCUCACCUGUCCUACGACGAGGGCCUACAUCUCAUCCGAUCGUUCCUCGACUACGCUUCCCAUCACACCGUUGAGGAACUCCAGGCGUUUACGGCUCAGUGGGUGCCGCACCCGCAAUGGGUCAAGGUCGACGAUGCCACGAUCCCGGAUCAGACGCUCCUGCGCGCCGCCCACCUGCUGCAGGAGGAGCUGGGCCCGGACGGCAUCCGUCAAGUCGGUGGUACGGAAUGGUGGCAAUGGAGGAAGCCCAAGUCGCCGCUGCAGGCCGAGUGGAUCGAGAUGAGGUCCGACGCCAGCGAGCGCAAGAAGAACGGUGACCCGGGACGGCGCGUGAUGAUGUACGUCCAUGGCGGCGCCUACUUCUUUGGCAGUGUCGAUGAGCAUCGCUACCAGAUGCAGCGGCACGCGCGGAAGCUCAAGGCCCGCGUCUUUGCCCCGAAGUACCGGCUGGCGCCGCAGUUCCCGUUCCCCUGCGGUCUGCAGGACUGUCUGGCUGCGUAUCUUCAUCUGCUUCAGACGCAGGACCCAAGCACGAUUGUGCUGGCCGGAGACUCGGCGGGCGGCGGCAUGGUCGUGUCGCUGCUCUGCGUUCUCCGGAACCAAGGCAUCGCUCUUCCUGCGGGAGCUAUUCUCAUCAGCCCUUGGGUCGACUUGACGCACUCGUUCCCAAGCGUCGCGGGCGAUGCGCCGCUCGACUACAUCCCCCAGGCUGGGUUUCAUCACAAGCCUUCGCGAGCGUGGCCGCCGCCAAACAACGACGACGUUGGAAUGCUGCGCGAAGAGGCAAAGAAGAGGUCCAACGGCCAAGGCAAGAAGUCGCCGAGCUCGUCUGAGCUUGAGAGCAAGCAGCAGGCUCCUCUCGUUGUCAAGGACGGGCAACCUUUGACUCCAGAGGAUGAGCAACAGGUCACAAGCAGCGGCAUCCACACUGACACGGAGAGGUUUCUCACGGUGAACAUUGACGGCGAGCAAAUCACCAUUAAGGACCAAAUUCAGAUGUACACGACCAACGCGCUCCUCUCGCAUCCCCUUGUUAGCCCUGUCAUGCAGCCUACGCUCGGUGGCCUUCCACCACUGCUCAUUAUGGUGGGCGGCGGCGAGAUCCUGCGAGACGAACAGAUCUACUUGGCGCACAAAUGCGCAAAUCCAGCCAAGUAUGCGCCGCCCGCCGAGGCCCUGACCGCACGCGGCCGCGAACUCCUUCAGAAGUAUAAACCGACCGACGUCCAGCUCCAGGUCUGGGACGACCUGUGCCACGUAGCGCCGACGCUCAGCUUUACGCGCCCGGCCAAGUACAUGUACCGGUCUGUUUCGCAGUUUGGCGCGUGGGCACUGGCGCGAGCUCAGAAGACGGGCAUCGAUAUCAUGGAUGACGAUGCCAUAUCCGUGAUUACGAGCUGCGGAUCGGAUAGCGAGGUACCGGACGAGAGCAAGAAGCUGGAGCAGGAGAAGCAAAAGGAAAAGGAGGACGCCGCUGCGGCCGGCCAGGUUGGCAAAGCCGGCGACCCGCUGCCGCCUUUCAGGAGACACAUGAUCCGUCAAAGGGUUACUCGCCACGGACACACAUCUCCUUUGGCACCCGAAUCGGAGCUUCCGGGCUGCAGCAUGGACCCUACCGCAGUGGGUGUUGUCAAGGAAGGCCCCGUCCGCAAGUGGAUGGGCGCGAAGAAGCAAUGGGACGUGCGGUAUUCGGCUGCCAAGGCAAAGGUGCAUAAGAAGAUCAUCAAGGACAUGGUUGCCGGCUUCCACGAAUUCGGGGCCGGCGAACAUCCACCACCAUCGGCUCUGGCCGGGCGACGACGCAUCGAGUCAGAGCUUAGGGAGCACAAGAAGAGGAAGAGCAUUGGUCUGGCGCUGUGGUCAGGCUGGGGCUCCAAGCACGACGAGGCAACGGUGCUGCGGGAACAGAACGCGGGCCAGGAACCUGAGACGCUAUCCGUUACGGGCGACGAGGGUCGUGGCGCCAGAUCCUUCAAUGACAUCGAGGCACAACAGCCCGUCGCGGGCGCGGCAAAGAGCCGAAGCCGCUCUCGCCGACGAACCGUCGUGGACGAGCACCAGACAGAGGACGCAGCUGUGGAUGAAAGCACACCCGUCGCACAGCUCAUCAACCAGCGUCGAGAGAAGGAAGCGUCUGGCGCUGGCCUCUUGAGUCCGAACUUCGUGCCCGAAACCGGCGUGGCUGGAAAGCGACCAUUCAUCGACGGCAUCGCGAUGCCCUUCAGCCUUAAGAAGGAUGCCGAGACCGCGAGCAUGAUGACGCUGAACUCCGCCAUCACACCAGGCACUUCCUCCCGUCCCAUGAGCCCGAACCCAAUGGGGUCGCGGCAGGACGUGUCGGGCAGGCCGGACCCCGACGACGCCAUGCGAGCGGAGCAGCUCCUCGCAGGCAUUGGUAACCGCCCUGGGUUGCAAUCCAUCGUGACCUCAGAUAGCGUGCCCCAGGUUGAGAAGGAGUCGGAGCAAAACGGAGCGGCCGUCGGCGCUGCGUGA